UUUUGUUUAUAUACAUACAUACAAACAUAUUAUACACAUGCAUACACGUAUAGAAUAGAAGAAAAGCAGCAGUAGUAGUAUAAGAAAAAUUUGCAAAAAAAAAAAAAUAUAAAACAAAACAUAGGAAAAACUAUCAGAGAAUAAAGAAAAUAAAGAUAAAGGCAGAAUACAAAAUAGAGAAAAAAAAAAAUAAAAAUUAAAAAUGUAUUUGUGGAUGUUUUAUAUUGCAAGUAUAACAUUAAGUUCAAUUGUAUGUGAUGACGUCACAAAUGGCGAACAAUAUAUAUCAAAGCAUACUGUGAUGGCUGUAUUUAGUCCAAUGAUACGUAGCCCUGGCCCAUGUAAAUAUUUUCCAGCAACAAGAAAACAAAAACAUCAAUGUGGAAAAGAUUAUUUUUUAGCUGAAGCUAUUAAAGAGGCAAGAACAUUAGCUGUAACACAUUGUGAACAACAAUUUGCUUAUGAUCGUUGGAAUUGUUCAAUUGAAACAAGAGGAAAACGAAAUAUUUUUAAAAAAUUAUAUAGAGAAACAGCAUUUGUACAUGCAUUAACAGCAGCUGCAAUGACAUAUUCAAUAUCAAGAGCAUGUGCUGAAGGUCGAAUGUUACGAUGUAAAUGUGGUGGUGAUUCAUUAAGAGCACCAAUGAAUUCGGUUCAAAAUAAUUUUCGUUAUGGUGGUUGCAAUGAUAAUAUAAAACAUGGUAAAAGAGCAACAAGAGCAUUUCUAGAAUUAAAAAAAUCUGAUGGAGAUGAAGUAUCAGAAUUGUUAAGGCAUGAUUCUGAGGUGGGUAUUGAAGUUGUUGCAUCUACAAUGAAAGAGAAAUGUAAAUGUCAUGGUGUAUCAGGUUCCUGUUCAAUGAAAACAUGUUGGAAAAAACUUUCUGAUUUCAAUACAACAGCUGUCAUAUUAAGACAAAAAUAUCAUGAAGCAAUACGUAAACCACCAUCAAAUAGAGCAUCUAGACGUGAAGCACCACUAAUAAAACGACCUAAAAGAAAAAAGGAAAAUGAAUAUUCUACAUUAUAUUAUAUGGAGACAUCACCAACAUUUUGUGCAGUAACACGUGGUAGACGUUGUUUACAUCCUGAAAAUUGUUCAACAUUAUGCUGUGGUCGAGGUUAUGAAACAAUGGUAGUUAAACAAAUAGAAAAAUGUAAAUGUAGAUUUAAAGAUGGACGUUGCUGUCAAGUGAUAUGCGACUAUUGUCUUCGAUAUGAGGAUAGAUAUUUUUGUAAAUAAAUUGAUAUUGAUAAAUAAUUUUAGAAAUGUGGAAAGGAAAGAUUUAAUUGAACUUAAUGAAGAAAGAAGAAAAAAAUUCAAAAAUUUCAUUUUAAAUGUAUUUAAUAAUAUUUUUUAAUUAAAUUUAAUUAUUAUAAUAACUAAAUGUAGAUAUAUGUGUAUGAAUACUUUAUGUAAAACAAAUUUUAAAUGGAGAAUUAUUCAAAAGUUUCAGAACUUUUUUAAUAUUUUAAACUGGAAACUAAUGAUAUUAAUAGGGAUGUGGA